AUGGCUGAAUCCAUCGAGCUCGUCUUCAACGUUGCCUUUACCGUACCCGUCAAUGAUGAUCCUGCAGGCCCCAUCCUGACCCUGGAGGAGUUCUGGCGGGGGCUACGACGCGGCGGAGAGAAACCUCAUCUCUUUGCCGACUACGUGGCAGAUACAGAAGUCCUUCCUGGUCGAAAAUCUCAGAAUGAAUUCACCCGAAGACUGAUCAUGGCUGACGGGGCCGUGCACACGGCCAAGGGCGCCGUCCUGGAGCAGAACGUGCGCAACGCGGACAACCUUCUGACGGAAGCCAUCACUAUCGAUUCUGGUGCACGUAGCACAAUGCUCAUCUCGCGCGGAGGCCGAGAGUCGGAUAAGCCGACGGACCUGUUUCUGACAGCUGUAUACGAGCUGCAUGUGCCUGGCGUGGUACCUGGAAGCGACCGCGCUAAGGAGAUCCAGGAAGAGUACUCUUUGUUGGCCCGAGGCGCUGCACGGACUGUUGUGGCCAAGAUUCGCGAAUGGAAGUCGAAUGGCACGCUCGUGGAGUGA